AUGUCGACAAAACAGUCGAGUCAGUUGAAGCUGACGAGUUUUAUUGAGGUUUCGUCGCCACGAUGUACCGAUCAGCCUCAAAAUGAAUCAGUUUUAGCUGAGAAUGAAACAAAUACUUCACAAACAUCGACUUCCAUUGAUGAAACUAAACGAUCAAGAGUCUUUAACAAGGAAUGGCAGCGUACAUACCCAUGGUUAAUUUACGACGAAAAUGAAAGUAAGUCCGGCGUUAUGAAAUGUGACACAUGCAUUCGAGCGGGGAAAAAAUCCAAUCCCUUUGUAAAUGGAUGCACAAACUUUCAAAAAAGCACCAUAGUUCGUCACGAGCAAUCAGUUGUUCACACUGACGCUCUACGGGCUAUUGAACUAUCAAAACACUUUAAAAAAUCGGCUGAUACGGCGAAAGAACGUAGUGAAAAAGUUCAUACCGAUGUCAAGACUAAAAGACAUGUAGUACAGUUGCGAACUGUGUAUAUUAUGGCUAAAAACAAUAUUGCAGCCAAUAAUUUUUCCAACCUUAUGGAGCUUCAACAAUUAAACGAAUGCAGGUUUGCAGAUGAUUACUAUACCAAGCCUGAAAUUAUUAAUGAAAUGGAAACAGCUAUAGCUGCUGAAAUUGAGAACUCUUUAUUUGAUCGUAUUAAAGGAAGUCCUUAUUAUGGUGUGAUGUUGGACGAGACCUGUGACAUCAGUGUGGAGAAAAAAUUGGCUUUGUAUAUUAAUUUUGUGGAUCAUGGCAAAAAAGUAGUUGCAUUUGUUGGCAAUCGCAGGGUACAGGACUGCACAGCUGAAGGCAUAAAAACUGCACUUCUCAAUUUUCUUCAUGAUAAGGGGCUGGUGGGAGCCGAUGAAAACUACACAAAAUUCAUGGGCCUCGGAACAGAUGGAGCAGCUGUCAUGGUAGGCUGCAGAAAUGGAGUUGCGGUUAAAAUUAAAGAACUUAAUCACUCUUUAGUGUCCGUACAUUGUGUUGCGCAUCGACUUAACUUAGCAGCUAGUCAGGCAAGCAAAGGAGUUGAGUAUGCAGAAGAAUACAAAAGGAGAAUCAACAUGCUUUACCAUUUCUAUAGUGAUUCCUCUGUUAAAUAUGAUAAGCUCAGAGAACUGCAAGAACUUCUACACGGUCAAGUUUGUCAAGUUCCAGAAGGAACAUCAGUUAGGUGGUUGUCUGUAGAAAAUGCUGUUAAAAUGAUUUUUAAGUACUAUGACAGUAUUGUGAUGUCACUUGAGGAUGACAAAGACAAAACGGGGGAAGCAAAAGGAUUGUGGGGGUUCAUUGCCACUUGUCUGUUCAUUUUGAUGACUGCAUUGUUGAUUGAUGUUUUGUCUGUUGUAGGCACCCUAAGUCUAAUAUUCCAGAAAGACAGUGUGAAUUUGUCUGCCAUAAGGAGCAAUGUAGACUCUACAGUAGAAACUAUCAGAGCAAUGUUAAAUGGCUCACAGUGUGUUGAUGAGGUUCUUGCUGAACUGGGUCCUGCCUUGGAUGGGCAUUCAAAAUACAAAGGGGUGCAUGUGCAAGACAAUGCUAAUCUGCGAACAAGAUUUGAAGCUGUUAGAAGGAAUUUUUUUAAUAAUCUAAUACAAAACAUGGAAAACAGAUUUUCAAAUCAGGACAUUGAUAUAUUGGAAUGUUUUGAUAGUAUUUUCAAUCCAAGGCGGUACCCAGUUCAGCCAGACCUCUCAAACUAUGCAAAUGAGAAACUUGAUAUUCUGUGUGAACAGUUCAGAUCUGAAGUUGAUAUUGUGAGAUGCAGGAGGCAGUUCUUGCAGUUCAAACAUUUUUGUCGAAGGUACCGAGUCAUAAAAAAACUUUGA